UGGGCUCCUGCCUCUCGCUCUUUCUUUUGCACAGCCCCACAGUGCUGACUCAGUGCCUUAUUCAGUCUUUUCUCCCUCUCCACUGCUGUAGCUGGAUCUCUCGCAAUCACAACCUCUGAGCAUCCCUAUACAUCAACAUGGCUAAAACAGCAAUAGCCUACAAAGAAAAAAUGAAGGAGCUGUCUAUGCUCUCUCUAAUCUGCUCAUGUUUCCAUUCUGAGCCCCGAAACAUCAAUACAUACACAUAUGAUGAUAUGGAAGUGAAACAGAUUAAUAAGCGUGCAUCUGGACAGGCUUUUGAGCUGAUACUAAAGCCACCAUCACCAGUUUCUGAGGCGCCACGAACCUUGGCCUCUCCUAAGAAGAAGGAUCUUUCCCUAGAAGAGAUUCAGGCAAAACUGGAAGCUGCAGAAGAAAGAAGAAAGAUUCAGGAAGCCCAAAUCCUGAAGCAAUUGGCAGAGAAACGCGAGCAUGAAAGGGAAGUUCUCCAAAAGGCUCUGGAGGAAAACAAUAACUUCAGCCGAAUGGCAGAAGAAAAACUGAUAUAUAAAAUGGAACAGAUUAAAGAAAACCGUGAAGCCUAUUUAGCUUCCCUUAUGGAACGUCUUCAGGAGAAGGAGAGGCAUGCUGCUGAGGUCCGUAGGAACAAGGAACUCCAGGAAGAGCUGUCAGGCUGAAAAUAUACCAACAUUAGUCACUUAUUUGCCUAUAUUUACGGAUCAUGCGAUAACAAUAUGGAAUAUGUAUGACAUCAAAACAAAGAACAAAAAAAAACAACAAGAACUCAUGACGAACAAAAAAAAAACAAAGAAAAAAAACAAAAAAAAUGUGGUCUCUUUGCAGAAUGAUUUGCUUCAUGUUUAAAAAGAAAAAAAAAAGUAAAAAAAAAAAUGUGGGUCUUAUUUUGUAAAUACUUACAUUUUUGUUAAAAAAUUCCAAGUAUUGCAUUAUGCAAGUUAUUUCAUAAUCUUACAUGUCCUGUAACAGGCUUUAGGUGUCGUCUGUUUCUUCGAAAAAAAAAAUGAAUUUGCUGAAUCUUUCCAAAACACCUAAUUUCAUUCCCUGCUGCCUUUCUUUUUGGUGCAUAACCAUCUAAGUACUCACUGGGCGGUGGUGGUGAGGCCUGCCAUCACUGAGCCAAUACUGGAUAUUUUGUAAGCUUUCCACUUUGUUAAUUCAGUCUUUAUAACCCAAGUACAAUGAUGUAAUUACAUGUCAGUGUCCAGAGAGAUUCUUAUGUCAGAAAACCCCCCGAAAUGCUCCUUCCUUGUGUGUCAUGAUAAGACGUUUACAGUGAUUUCUGGUGUAGGCUAAACUGCUAUUCCAUUAGUUUGAUAGUUCGUAACACCUGGGGAAUAGAUGUCACUGUUUUUUGGGGAAUUACACUACACAUGAGAGGCACAUAGGGUCUGUUAACAAACACUUGUAGUGAUAGAGUAAGACAACUAAGCAAAAGAUUUGCACAAGGACCCUAUUACCGUAUUUUUCGCCAUAUAAGACGCUCCGGCAUAUAAGACGCACCUAAUUUUAUAGGAUAAAAAUCUAGAAAAUAAAGAUUCUGAACCGAAUACAAUGUAAAGUAUAGGACAGUGAUCUUCAACCUGCGGACCUUCAGAUGUUGCAGAACUACAACUCCCAGCAUGCCCGGACAGCCGUUGGCUGUCCGGGCAUGCUGGGAGUUGUAGUUUUGCAACAUCUGGAGGGCCGCAGGUUGAAGACCAGGAGGUAAUACUCACGUGUCCCCGCCGCUCCGGACCCAUCACCGCUCGUCACCGCUGCCCUGGAUGUCGCCCUCCAUCGCUGUUGCCGUGUCCCUGGGGUGUCCCCGUCGCUCCGGAAUGUCUUUGCUGCCCGGUAUCCUCGCUCUCCGUCGACGCCAUGACGUCGCUACGCAUGCCGCUCCUAUUGGAAGACAGGAUGGCGUGCGCAACGACGUGAUGACGACGGAGGAGAGCGCUGGCCAUGCAGGGGAUCCCGGCACGGAGCAGACACCGAUGAGGCAGGUAAGGUCCCUCCCGGCGUCCUGUAAGCAGUUCGGGACGCUGUGAUUUCACCGCGGCGGUCCCGAACAGCCCGACUGAACAGCCGGGUUAGUGUUAUUUUCGCUUAAGACGCGGCGGUCAGCUUUGAUCGCCGCGUCUGAAGGGUUAAUACAGGGCAUCACCGCGAUCGGUGAUGUUAUGUAUUAGCCGCGGGUCCCGGCCGUUGAUGGCCGCAGGGACCGCCGCGAUAGGUGUGUAUUCGCCUUAUAAGAUGCAGCAACUUUCCCCCCCCAGAAGAAAAAGUGCGUCUUAUACGGCGAAAAAUACGGUAUAUAAAAAUGGUCCUAGUUCUCCCAGCGUUAGCUCCCUGUACUCUCCUGCUAUAUGUCAACGGUCCGCGAGGACUACUAUGUACAACGUAAUUCUGUAUGGAGCCUGUAAGAUUAUUAUUGAACUUGGAGAACUCUACCAUUGGUUCAGCAGUAGGAGGGGUUCCUAUAUUAAUAAAAAUAAUUCCUGAAUAUGUAAAUUUUACAGGGAUCAUUAGACAGGGUGCACGUGCCAAGUGUGGAAUUUCCUAACAGCCACCAAGUGUCAAACAUAGUUGCGAUUUUGGAAUUGUUCCUGCCCCAUGGAAGUUGCUGCCUGCAUAUUCUACUCUUCAUUAGUGCUAUUUCCUGUAUGUUAUUGUGAGCAAGCUGUGGUUAAUAAAGAACUGGGGUUCUGAGAACUUA